AAAAUUUGUUAGGUAUGUGACAAAAGCAGAAGAACCGAUUCCAUGUAAGAACUCCAUUUCUUUUUCCUCUCUCUUUUGAUGAAAAUACAAGAAGAAUACAACUCCAGUUGAACUAAUCAAACGUCCCACAUAUGCAAAUUGGAACCAGAGAAGACCCCAAAAAGUUGUCGCCCUCCACAAGAUUUUCUGGGCUAUUUAUUGCCGUUGAAGCAAAGCAUUUCUUCACGCUUCUUUCUCUCCCUCUCUGCUUUCCACUCUUCCCCACUCUGCUUCUUUGAUCCCACCAAAGCUGCCUGUAAAAGAACUUGUACUUUGAAUUCCCUUCCUUGCAAGAGAUUCACACUUCCUUGAUCCUUGGAACUUGUGUUUCAGAUUAUCCAUAUUUUCCUUAAAAAGUUAUACAAAGAAUUAUUCUUUGUAAUCUGUGUUUUUUGAAUGUGUUGUCUUGUAGCUUAGAGGGAAAUUUUUUGGUAGCUGAAGGAAGGAAAAACAGGGAAGAAAGGGGGAGAAUAUUGGUGGGUUUCUUUUAGUUUAACGUCUUCUGAAGGAAGAAGAAAAGGCAAAGGAAUAAAUAAUGUUGGGGUUGGGGUGUUGCUGUUUUGAUGAUGAGUACGAGCAGCUUUUCUCAGCGGAACCAAAGCAAUAUUCUUUGCCAGCACCCCUUCCUCAAUGGCCUCAAGGUCAAGGUUUUGCCACUGGUAGUAUAUGCCUCGGAGAAAUUGAAGUUGUUCAGAUUACUAAGUUUGAGAGAGUGUGGGGUUGUAAAUCAUCGUGGAAAAAAACAAAGGGCGUCUCAUUUUAUAGGCCAGUAGAUGUUCCCAAAGGGUUCUUCUGCCUAGGUCAUUACUGUCAGCCAGAUGAUCAGUAUCUGCAAGGUCAUGUUUUCGUAGCUAGAGAAGUGGCUGAUUCCCCAGAUGAUCGCCAAACAUCUAACUUGGUAUUAGAUUCUCCGGCUCUUGCCAAACCUCUUAGCUACACACUGGUCUGGGGCUUGGGUUCUAAUAAGAAUGGCCACGGUGGUUUCAUUUGGCUGCCAAAUGCACCAGAAGGUUACAAGUCAAUGGGUUUUCUGGUAACUAAUGAAGAACAUGAACCUGAGCUUGAUGAAGUCAGGUGUGUUCGAGCUGAUCUCACUGAAGCAUGUGAAACAGAUGAGUCAUUAUUCAGUGCAGAUAAACUUAACAUCUGGAACACCAGACCCUGCGAGCGAGGCAUGUGCUGCACUGGUGUUUCAGUUGGGACAUUUUUCUGCAGUACAUUUAGUUGGUCAUUAUUCCCUGUUCCAUUCUCAGGCUCGGUGGAUGACUCCAACAUUGCUUGUUUAAAAAACCUGGACACAAAUUUAAAAGCAAUGCCAAAUCUUGAUCAGAUUCAUGCACUCAUUAAGCACUAUGGACCUACAGUUUACUUCCAUCCAGACGAGGAAUAUUUGCCUUCAUCAGUUUCGUGGUUCUUUGACAAUGGUGCUCUUCUUUACGAAGAUGGGAAGGAUGAGGGUGUAGCCAUUAAGUCCAAUGGUUCAAACCUACCCUCUGGUGGCGACAAUGAUGGAAGAUUUUGGCUUGAUUUAGCACUCAAAGAUGAAGCUAGAGAUGCACUCAUGCGUGGAAACAUCGAGACUGCAGAGCUCUAUGUUCAUGUUAAACCAGCCCUUGGAGGGAGUUUCACUGAUAUAGCCAUGUGGAUCUUUUGCCCCUUUAAUGGACCAGCAACCAUCAAGGCAGGUGUGGUGAAUAUGACCAUGAACAGAGUAGGCGAACAUGUAGGCGACUGGGAGCAUUACACUCUGCGGAUAAGCAACUUCACUGGGGAGCUCUGGAAUGUGUACUUUUCUGAACACAGUGGUGGCGAAUGGCUACACGCCAGCGAGUUGGAAUUCAUUAAGGAUAACAAGCCAGUUGUGUACUCGUCAAGAAAUGGGCACGCUAGUUUCCCGCAUGCCGGUUGCUACAUUCAAGGUUCUUCAAAGCUUGGAUUAGGAGUGAGGAAUGAUUGUGAUCAAAGCAAAUAUUUUUUGGAUUCCAGCACUAAGUACCAAAUCGUCGCAGCCGAGUACCUGGGCGAUGGAGUCAUUACGGAGCCUGAUUGGUUACAAUACAUGAGAGAAUGGGGUCCGACAAUUGAGUAUGAUUCUCGAUCUGAAGUCGAUAAGAUCAUCAAGCACCUUCCAUUUUUUGUUAGAUUCACAGUGGAAAGCCUUUUUGAACUCUUCCCAACUGAGCUUUAUGGGGAAGAAGGCCCUACUGGACCAAAGGAGAAAGAUAACUGGAUUGGUGACGAGAGGUGUUAAUGAUCAUUAUGAGUAUUAAGAUUGUUGCGUACAUAGGGCACCAAAUUGUUGUAACUUUCGAAAAUCUAUUUAUUCAAUUCUAUAUAAAAUCUACUUAAGCAAAAGAACCACUUUGUCCCAA